UGGUUAGCCGGGCAGCAGUCAGGAUUAAGGCUGCGAAAGAGGGAUGUGUCUUGGAAGACCUGAGAAGGACGUGGCGGGGCACGAAGCAGUAUAGCUUCUUGGUGCUGUAAAAGUAAAACAUUUCGGCCCCACAGGGCCGCGGCUGAGCGUGAGCGGCUCUCUUCUCCAAGGGUAUUGGACUGUCGAAAUCGCCUCUGCCUCUUCCGGGUAGUUUUAUCCCUGGUCAGAAGCGGGCCUGAACUCUCAAAGUACCCACCCCCUCCCCAGAUUGUUGCUGCUUGUUCCGGUCUAGAAAGGCGCUUUAGAGGGCUAAUAAAAUGAUGGGAAUUAGGAUAUCGAAAGUCGUCAAAGCAUACUGUUAAAGUUACAGAAAGACUGGUAGUUGGGUUUCGAAGAAUUACUUCAGUUUUCUCCUUUCAGAAGGCUGAAGAUGAAGAUAUGCUGACGAUUGUAUACAUGAGUGUAAGCAUCUCUCUGUAAGAUGAGUAACUUCUCUUCCUCAAGACUGGAAGACAGAGUUCGGCAAACUCUGAAAAAAGUCUUUGGAUUUGACUCUUUCAAGACCUCAUUACAGGAAAGUGCAACUAUGACUGUAGUGAAAGGAGAGAAGGAUGUCUUUGUAUGCAUGCCCACUGGGGCAGGUAAAUCCCUGUGCUACCAGCUUCCCGCGGUCCUGGCAACAGGCAUCAGCAUUGUCAUUUCACCUUUAAUUGCAUUGAUUCAGGACCAAGUAGAUCAUUUACUGUCACUCAAAGUCAAAGUAAGCUCUUUGAACUCCAAGAUAUCUGCUCAGGAAAAAAAGACCAUCUUAGCUGAAUUAAUGAGUGAUAAGCCCCAGAUAAAGCUCUUAUACAUCACACCAGAAAUGGCAGCAUCCUCUUCCUUUCAGCCAACAUUGGAGGUUCUGUUGUCUCGAAACCUUCUCUCCUACCUGAUAGUUGAUGAAGCACACUGCGUCUCCCAGUGGGGGCAUGACUUUAGGCCCGACUACUUGCGACUGGGCUCCUUGCGUUAUCGUGUACCAAACACACCAUGCAUUGCCCUGACUGCUACAGCUACUAAGCAGGUUCAGGAUGACAUUGUAACAUCACUUAAGCUAAAGCAACCUGCUGCUAUUUUCAAGACACCAUGCUUCAGGCCCAACCUAUUCUAUGAUGUACAGUAUAAAGAGCUCUUAACGGAUCCCUAUGAAAAUCUGAAGGAUUUCUGUUUGAAGUCUCUUGGACAGCAGAAUGACUCAGGGGGUUACUCUGGCUGUGGAAUUGUAUAUUGCAGGAUGAGAGAAGUCUGUGAGCAAGUGGCUAUUGAGCUAAGCUACAGAGGAGUGAAAGCCAAGGCUUAUCAUGCAGGACUGAAAGUGGCAGAGAGAACAUCAGUGCAGAAUGAAUGGAUGGAGGAGAAAGUUCCAGUUAUUGUUGCUACUAUCAGUUUUGGAAUGGGAGUUGAUAAAGCUAAUGUCAGAUUUGUUGCCCACUGGAAUAUUCCAAAGUCUAUGGCUGGAUAUUACCAAGAAUCAGGAAGGGCUGGGAGAGAUGGAAAGCUCUCUAAUUGUCGCCUCUAUUAUUCUCGGACUGACAAGGAUCAAGUCAGCUUUCUGAUUAAAAAGGAAAUAGCUAAGAUCCAGGAAAAGCGAGGUACCUUGAAAGACUCGGAUAAAGCUAUGCUUUUAGAUUUUGAUGCUAUGGUGUCCUUCUCAGAAGAGCUAGGAUGUCGUCAUGCUGCCAUAGCUAAGUACUUUGGGGAUGGCAAACCACAGUGCAACAAGUGCUGUGAUUACUGUAAGAAUGCAGUAGCAGUGAAAAGGCAAGUAGAGGCACUACAGCGCAGCACCAAUACCUGGAGCAGAACUUGCAUUGGACCCUCUUCUUCCGCUUGGAAUGACUAUGACUCAGACCUGUAUGAAGGAGGAAAGAAAGGAUACAGAAGAUAUGAUGAAGACAGUGGGAGCUUGGCUGAAGCAAAUGAAGAGAAGCAAAAGAAAGAAUGGAACAGUUUUUAUAAGAAACAGAUGAAUUUACGCAAGGGAAAAGAACCAGCAGAAGACAACUUUGUCCCUCCAGAUGCUGAUUGUCCCUUGAAGGAUGCAGCCAGCAGGAAAAUUGCCAGAAUCACAGUGAAAGCUAGAGAGCACUGCCUAAAAAUGCUGGAAGAAGCGCUAAACAACAACCAGCAAGCAGCACCAACAAGAGAUGGCUCAGAUGCCCAUUCAUGUGCUGUGGAAAUGGAAUAUGAGGCUUUCCAGACCAGUAAGAUGGCGAACCUGUACAAGGCUACUGUUCUAAAAAAGGUAGCAGAAAUUAAUAAAGCUUCCAAAGAUGGGGAACUCUAUUCUACCUUUUCCUCAAGAGUUGAGGGCAGUUCCAAGACGAAAGCUGAAUCAUCUGAUGAUUUCUUCCAAGCAUACAAAAUGAACACAUUCAAGCCCAAAAGAGUGGGCAUUGGAUUUCCGAAGACAUCUGGGAUUUUCCAAUCUGCUUCAGAGGUUCUGGCUGCCAAGGAGGAAAAUGGAAUUAAUUCUAUGAAGAUGAUUAGCUCAAACUGGAAGAAAGAACACAGCUGUGACUCUGAGCCUGUGGACACAGAUAACAUACUUGAGAAUAAAGUGAAAGUUACCAAAGAAAUCUGUAAAAAUGCUGAUGAAAACUCUGAGAAGGGACAGCACAGCACUUCUGAUUCUAUAGCCUCUUCGGGAGUUUGUCCCACCAUGAAGGGCAAAGCUACUAAGAGGCAGCUGCUGUUGGCAGAAGCAGCUAAAAAAGAAUCUCAGAAUAUUGUCAAAUUCUUCUCCAUUUCUAAAGCAGGGUCUAAGACCUUAGCUUCAGAGUGUGACAUUGCAGAAGAGGAAAACAGCUCUCUUAGUGAAAUACCUCAGUCUCUUUGUGAGGAGAAAACAAGUUCCUGGGAAACUGAUAUUGCCACCAAAGAAGCAAGAGCUGGCUUAUCCCAGAUAGAAGAACAGGAAUCUGAGGAAACAGAAGGUGAUUUCAAUUUGAGAAGUCAUAGCUCAGGAAUAGAGUGCUUAGGAUCAAGCACUGACAAAACAAGCAGCAGUGAUAAAAUUUUGCUUGAAGAUGAAAUGGUGAACAGUUGUGAAAACCAUAAUGGAAAGAGACCAAGGUCAGCUGAGGACUUGGGGAGCCCUGUUGAAAAGAGACUGCGGAUGAUGGAUAAGUAUCCCAUCUCAUUGCAAUCAGAUGGGAAAGCUGGUGGACUUGCUAAAAAGAAAGUCACUUUUGAUCCAAACUUAUCACAGGUUGAUAAAGAAGGAACCACCAAAACCAUUCAGCCAAAGACAUUAUCACUUAAGGAAACAGCAGAUAUUGUUGUAAAAUACUUGACCCCUUACUACAAAAAUGGCAAAUUUGCUUCCAAGGACCUUUUUAAAGGGUUUGCCCGGCACCUCUCACACUUGUUGGCUGCAGACAAGACUCCUCUCCGGAAGACAGUAAAAGAAGAUGCACAUAGACUUAUCAAAGUAUUUUUCAAAACUCGAGGCAAGUGUGAAAAUGAGACAGACUGGCAGGAACUAACCAGCUUGGAAACAUGACACAUACAGUGCAGUGGUUCUCUUUGCUUCUUAUGGCUGUUGGACCCAAGUCUCUAGAGAUUUGAUUGUAGCUAUGCUUCCUGUGGAGUACUGGGGGUGGGGUGGGGGGUCAGGAGAGGACAGCCCUGAAAAAUGCCUUUGGUGACAUUUCUUGUCUUGAAACAAUGCUUUCACAAUCCUGGUAGGCAUUCUGUGAUGCCAUCUUCUUUGCCUCUUUUAGCAAAUACAAAGGACUAGAACUAUUUGACUAGGACUCCUUCUACUACUCAAGAUUCCCUCCUCCAUCUUUUCAGAUGGAUUUAUCAGCAGCAGCCUUAAAUAGCAGAAAUGUACCUGCUUUACUCAGGAUCUCUGUGCUGUGCAGUGAGUUGUUAUAGGGUACAUUUACUUUGGCAAUGAGAAACUGAAAAUGUUUUCCCCAAAUCCCUUUGUGAUUUUUGUUGUUUUAAGAUGUCACAGCAUUUUCCUUUUAUUUGGAAAGUGUCAUCUUAGACUAGAAUGAAAACAUAAUUUCCUGCACAUUGCAAAGAAAAUGUGAAGUGCUGGCAGACAUCAUCAUCUUCUAUGAUGUUGGUAAUACAGUGUAGAUUAUAGUAUAUUAACAGUUACAUGAAAACCAAGGAUAACCGCACCCAGGUAGCUGCUACUUUAAAACAGAAAAAAAACUUCUUCAGUAGGGGAUGAUUUGUCUUAAAAUAGUAUGAGAGAGGGUUGCUGGUGCUCUGCUGCUUAAUUGCUUCAAAUUCCAGUCCAUCUAUACUUUGGGUGUGAGAUUUCCAAUCUGUUUUUGCUGGCCUCCAUCCUCUGCCUGUUGCUAUCAGGUAUUUGUUACGUGCAUUUGUAUGUAACAUUUUAGUCAUACCUUAAGAAUUUAUUUUUAAAGAAAAAUGUAAUUUCUUUCUUCUGCUUAUCCAUGGUGGGAUGGCAUGUCCUUGUUUGAAGGAAGAGGAAUAAUCAGGCCCUUUCAUUUAUAAAUGCCAUUAUCUAACUCAGCAUGUCCAACUAGGAGUUUGAACCUUUCUGUAGAAGCUCAGGAAUAUAUAUGACUAGCACCCCCUCCACUCCAAAGUUUCUGUUGUUGGUACCAUUAUGUAUUUCCUGUUUGUACACCAGGAAGCUGUGACUAAAUGUAGGUGAGAUACUUAAAGAGGCAAAGACUCCGCUCUCUGAUCUAUUUGUGUGCACAACUGCUGUUGCAAAUGGGCAGACCUAAUAUUACCUUUAAGGAAAAUUGCCAUUGCAAUCUUGUUAUACACUGUUAUGCAAUAUUGUAUUACAUUUUUGAGGGUAUGAAGUAAGUCCAAAUUAUUGGAGCCCUCGCAUACAUUAUUAUUGCCAUAUAGUUUUAAUAGAUGCCUGCUUCACAGGUUGUCAGGCACAGAAUGCAAGAAGCUAUGGCCUGGAAUUCGUAGUGUCUGUUUGAUUCAUGCUUGUUGGUAUAAUCUGUUAUACUAGUGCACCUUAAAAAUAAUGUGGGAAGCAGCCCUUUGUAUUAACUGCUACAGUAUUAUACAUGGAAGUGCUAAAGCAGCAGUCUUCCAAUAGCAUGGAUAAACAAGCCAGAGAUGAGUCUGCUAUGCAAAGUCCUUGGUGUGGAGGUGAACAUCUUUGCUGGUAAAUCCCCCACAAUGAUGCUGCAGUUUACAGAAAACAUCUAUAGGAGUUGGUGCUGCUGAGGGCUUAGCGUGUAGAUUUUAGCCUAGAGUGACUUCAUAAACCUCUUGCAGGAAAAAAUGAAAGUAGCUGCCAAGUAACUACAUUGAGGGCAAGUGACCUGAAAAUGAUGUUUUUUUGCCACCUGCUCGUAUCUGUUUCUCCUAUCAUGGAGAAAUUGCAUUGCAUUGCCAGCUGUCAAUGACACAAAUUGUGAAACAACUGUACAUUUGGAAAAGUUGCUUGAAUAAAAAUUGUUAUAUUUUUUUCUUAAGUAAAAGCCAUAUUGCUACACUGUGCCUCUAGGGUCUGAACUGAUCUUAAUUAGCCAUUAGCUUCAUGGCAAAAUUGCCCACAGACUUUGGAGAACAUGCUGCUUCAUUUAUACAUAGUUGGAAUUUGUAAUAAGAGGUCGGAUCCAGACAUAGCCAUACUUACAAUAGACUCUUUGCAAGCAAUGGGACUUAAAUUAGUCAUGACUAAGUUGAGCAAAUUGAUUUUAAAGGGUUUACAUGAAGUAUGACUAAGUGUGGAUCCAGCCUGGGCUGCAGAUACCUUGCACGCAAUAGUGAUGUUAAUAUUAUUCGGUUGACAUGUGCCUUAGUUUUCGCUCCAGAACAGCCACUAAAUUUUCUGAUAAUGAGAGCUCAUGGACAAAGGUUGAUUAGGGAAGGGUUUUUCUAAAUAGCUUCUGUUUGGGGAAAGGCUUUGUUACUAAAAAGAUAUAUUGCAAGCUGCUAAUAAAAUGAAUGUUGAAGUUA